UUAGAAUCCGGACAGUCUGCUGUGACGUCAGCAAACACCUGCUCCACCACAAAGCUCAGGUUAAAACAGAGUGUGCUGCAGGAUUCAGUGUGUGCUGGAGGAAGAUUUCACCAUCUCUAACAGCAUAUGUCUUUGUGCUAAGCUAGGCUAACAGACCAUGCUGAGACCUGUGAAGAUCCUCCUCUCUACAACAUGUCUGGCCACUCGCUGCUGUUCAGGCUUUGUCUCCAGGAUAAGGUACAUGAACAGGCUGAAGGAGGAUGAUGACUCGUGCGCCGCAGCUCUACCGAACGCUCACAUGUUCCUGUUCCACCGUCUGUCUCCUUUGCUGCAACGCACCGAGCAGGGAACCUUCAGACCUGCAGCACUGAUCACCUCAGAUGUGCAGUCGAUCCUGGAGAGACUGGGUUCUGACAGAGCCCUGCUGAAGGAGUCGGUUCUGAUCGGCUGCUCUGAACAGAACCAAGCUCAGUUCUGUCUGGACGUCGGAGAACUGGAUCAGGCAGCAGUAGAAGAAGAGUGUGGAGGAAACUUCAUCGACUUGAGGAAGGCGUUCUUUCUUCUUACUGGAGCAGAGGUGCCUCUGGUGGCCAAGGGUCAGGCUCUGCUGCACUGGCAUCAAACCAACAGGUUCUGCAGUGCCACGGGUCUGCCGACCAAACGCAACCAGGCAGGAAGUCAGAGAGUCUGCAGCAGCUCUGGCAUCAUCUACUAUCCCAAGAUGUCUCUGGUGGUGAUCGUCCUGGUGUCUGAUGGGAAACGGUGUUUGUUAGGCCGACAGUCGUCUUUCCCUCGAGGGAUGUACAGCGCUCUGGCUGGCUUCUGUGACAUGGGUGAGACAGUGGAGGAGGCUCUGAGCAGGGAGGUGGCGGAGGAGGUGGGUCUGGAGGUCCACAGUGUCUCCUACAGUUCCUCGCAGCACUGGCCUUUUCCACAUAGCUCCUUCAUGAUUGCCUGCCACGCCUCUGUUAACCCCGCCCACUCCCAGUUGGACGUGGACCACUCAGAGCUGGAGGAUGCUCGCUGGUUCAGUCUGGAGGAAAUCACCACCGCCCUGCAGGUGAAGACUCCGCCGAGGAGGGGCGAUGCCCCCGUCCUCUGGCUACCUCCAAAACAUGCCGUUGCCCACCGCCUCAUCACAGAGUGGACUGACUGCCAGAGACGCCGCAAUGAGGGAGACUAACGUCUAACCUGAAGACGUAGAGGAGAUAAUAACAAACCCUACAUCCACAAUUGGUCCACGCUGAGUGUCCUCAGUCCUCAUCCAGAGUUCUCAGAGUCCAGAGGGACAGGUGUAAAAACAGGAAGUUAGUGACUGCAGCAGAGACACACAAAUGAUGGAGAAGAUGAAGACCCAAACUGACUCCUCCUCCUUCAUCACUCAGUGUCUCUGACAUCCAUCCAGGACAGAUGUCCAUUAAUCAGCUGAGACAUCAGAGACAAAUCAG